AUGCGACCAGGCGGCUGGGUCGAAAGUCUCGAAAUCGAUAUCGAAACACGAAGCGAGAACCCCGAAGUACAAAACGACAAGAAUCAUGUUUUCCGGAAGUGGUAUCAGCUCUUCUUCGAAUGCGGUCGCAUGACUGGUCGAACCUUCGAGAUUUCCAGGGAUGGGCGCCAGGAACAAUACAUGCGAGAAGCAGGCUUUACAGAUCUGGUGUCCAAGUCGUGGAAGGUGCUUAUUGGAGGCUGGCCGCAGGAUAAGAAGCUGAAGCAAGUUGGUUUCUACAAUGGUGCUUUCAUUGACCAGUCUAUUGAUGGCUUUGCUAUCUUUCCGAUUGGCGAGAUAUUGGGCUGGUAG